AGCCCUCUGACAUGCGCCACAACCGAACUUGCACAACACCGCUCCCGGGCGGAGAGAUUCACACGACACCUCAUUGAGCUGCAUUCACGGCACGAAUCCGUCCAAGACCGAACCUCGAGCCAAUCCGUGCAGGCUCCUUUUCUCGAUAACAUAAUAAUGACGGACUGCCCCUGCUGAAAUUGACACCACAGAGCAAGCGUCAGCGGUUGCCGUAGGAAACGACUUGAGAUCGACCCCAACCAGUGUUUCCGCUCCUUGUAACACGGCAUUACGCCCUCAGCCUCUGCAUCCACCUCCAUGGCAGCAGCCGAGGCAACCACAACAGUCGCAGGGGCCGGCGACCCGUUCGGUCUGAACGAGGACGGCAGUUGCAGGGACCCCGCCGCAUUCCGGGCUGCGUUGCUGGCGGACACAGGCCGGCUGGAGGCGCUGUCAGGCGAGCCGCGCUUCGCGCCUUUCUUGCCUGUGCUCACCGGCGCCGACCCAGAAGCCCUGCAGCAGCUGCUGCGCCAGGCUGUGCAGGCCGAGAAGGCGCGGCAGGAGCGCACCGCCAAGCGCUGGGCAGAGCGAACCAUCGACGCGCAACGUGCCUCCGCACCCGUGCCCCGCGACACGGUGCAGGUGUACAAGCAGCUGGCUGACGCGGGGCUGGAGUAUGGCCCCGCAUUCCGGCUGUUGCGGAAUGUGCACGUGCCGCUGCCGGCGGAAGCCAGCGUGGCGCGCGGUGGCCGAUAGGUGGCAUUGGGUCGGGGGGUGCGUGGGCAGCACGGAUGAUGAUUACUACGGGCACCAUGUUGUGCUGUGAAGUGCUUGAGUGCUGUGCCGCAUUAAGGUGUGCUGUGUUGUACUGGUAAAGCGCUUUUGUUGCGCCGAGAGGGAUCUGCUGACGCAGUUGAUACGUCAUAUGUGGCGGCUGGCGGGCAGCGGGGCAGCCAGGCGCAGGUGGAGCUCGAGCUCCGGUGCAGGCCCUGCGUGUCGCGUGUGAGCGGUAGAAGCUUUGGGGUGGCUGUUGGCAGUGCUGGAGUGUUCGGGCACAGGGAACGGUGUCGUGAUGCACAGUAGUCAUGUACACCGGAUGUGGGGCCCCUGGUCGGCCCGACGAGUGACAGUCCGCUGGUGAGGGUGGGCUCGUAAUUCAUGCU